CCCCAUUGUACACACCUCCUCCAAGAACCAAAACAAACACCAACAAUUUUUUCUCUCUCUUAAUUAAUUAAACCCCCCCACAGCAAGAUCCCACCUUCAAUUAACUUCCUCACACAUUCUCUGCACUUUUUAUCUCCGCAUUUCCUCGCACACCCCACAAGUCAAUGGCACCACCUUCCCAACAACAGGGCUAGACCCUUACCCUUCUAACCCCACCAUAAAAACCAAACCUUUCACACCCCAACAACCUCGUUUCCCCCUCCAUGGAUCGCAGCAACACCUUUUCCUCCUCGUUCCUUCUGCUGAUCUUGUUGGGGUUUCACUUCCACGUGUUCUUCGUUUCGUCUCAGGUCGAAGGCGACGUGAGAUGUCUCAAGGGCAUCAAGGAAACCCUCUCCGACCCUCUGAACCGCCUCAGCGAUUGGCGCUUCGACAACACAACCAUAGGUUUCAUCUGCAAAUUCGCAGGUGUGUCUUGCUGGAACGAUAGGGAGAACCGUGUCUUAAGUUUGACCUUACGAGACUUCAAGCUCUCGGGUAAGAUCCCCGAGGCCUUGAAGCACUGUGGGAAAAACAUUCAAAAGUUGGAUCUUGCUUCAAACUCUUUCUCUUUGGAGAUCCCACGUGAGAUCUGUUCUUGGAUGCCUUUUUUGGUUUCUUUAGAUUUGUCAAGUAACCAGCUUUCUGGGUUUAUUCCACCCACGAUUGAGAAAUGUUCUUAUCUGAAUGAGUUGGUGUUGUCGAAUAACCAGCUUUCUGGGUCGAUUCCCUUUGAGUUUGGGAGUUUAGGUAGGCUCAGGAAGUUUUCUGUGGCCAAUAAUAGGCUUAGUGGGACAAUUUCUGAGUUCUUCAACAGGUUUGAUAGGGAGGGUUUUGAAGGGAAUAGUGGGCUUUGUGGGGGUCCUCUUGGAGGAAAGUGUGGUGGGAUGAGUAAGAAGAAUCUUGCUAUUAUUAUUGCUGCUGGGGUGUUUGGUGCUGCUGCUUCGUUGUUGCUGGCUUUUGGGUUGUGGUGGUGGUACCAUUUGAGUGGGAAGAAGAAGAAGGGGCAUGGGGUUGGUUCUGGUGUUGGUGGUGGUGGUGGUGAUUGGGCUUUGAGGUUAAGAGGGUAUAAGCUUGUGCAGGUUAGUCUCUUUCAGAAGCCUAUUGUGAAGUUGAAGUUGGGGGAUUUGAUGGCUGCUACUAGUAAUUUCAGCGGGGAGAAUGUUCUUUUCGCGACGAGGACCGGGACUACGUAUAAGGCUGAUCUUCCGGAUGGGUCCACGCUCGCGGUGAAGCGGUUGAGUGCGUGUAGGAUCGGGGAGAAGCAGUUUGGGAUGGAGAUGAAUCGGUUGGGGCAGGUUAGGCACCCUAAUCUGGCGCCGCUGUUGGGGUACUGCAUUGUGGAGGAGGAGAAGUUGUUGGUUUACAAGCACAUGUCGAACGGGACAUUGUAUUCAUUGUUGCAUAAGAAUGGUGGCGGUGCAUUGGAUUGGUUGAUGAGGUUUAGGAUUGCAUUGGGUGUGGCGAGGGGGCUUGCGUGGCUGCACCAUGGCUGCCACCCUCCGAUUAUACAGCAGAACAUUUGCUCCAGUGUGAUUCUUGUCGACGAGGAGUUUGAUGCCCGGUUGAUGGACUUUGGGCUUGCGAGGCUCAUGGCUUCAGACUCAAAUGGUAGUUUUGUGAAUGGUGAUUUGGGGGAGCUUGGGUACAUUGCGCCGGAGUAUCCUAGUACACUUGUUGCAUCACUGAAAGGGGAUGUGUAUGGGUUUGGUAUUUUGCUUUUGGAGUUGGUGACUGGGCGAAAACCUCUUGACGUAAGCAAUGGGGAGGAAGAGUUCAAGGGUAGCUUGGUGGAUUGGGUGAAUAUGCAUUCUAGUUCUGGCGGAAUCAAGGAUUGCAUUGAUAAAGCUAUAUCUGGAAGGGGACAUGAUGAGGAGAUUCUGCAGUUUCUGAAAACUGCGAUGAAUUGUGUGGUUUCUCGCCCCAAGGAUAGAUGGUCUAUGUACCAGGUUUAUAAUUCCUUAAAGAGCAUAUCCAAAGACCAGAGUUUCUUUGAACAUGAUGAUGAAUUUCCCUUGAUCUUUGGUAAGCCAGAAAACGAGGUUGUGGCGUAGUUCUUGAGGAAGCAUUGCAGCAUGAGAAGAUGAUGAGAGAUUGUUCUCACUGAAUUGCUAUUUUAUAGUGGAGAGUUCUCACAAUGGUGUUAAUGUUUAUGGUUUGAGCAUGUCCAUGGGUGACCCUAAUCAGGUAUAGUUGUAUUGUAUUGUAUGAUAUAUAAUAAACUUUCUGGCAGGUUAGGUUUUUUGAGAUCUUAUCUGUUUCACUGUUUGUUGUAUGCAAAUGCAAUCUCUAAUGAUGUCCAAAGUGUUUGGUAUAUGCUUCGGAUUUGAAUCCUCAAAUUAUAUAUAUGUCUUCAAGACAAAAAAAAAAAACUGGGCAUCUACUUGUGCUCUGUAAAGACAUCUCACCAUGAUGUUUUUUAUUCGUUUAGAUCUAAUUGUUGGAAUGUUUGAAACAUUUAAUUUCUGUAUAAAUAAAAAACUAGGUAAGCAUUUGAAAGUGUUUACGGGAAA